AUGAGUCAUUACUAUGAUAAUGAUUCCUCAAUGAUCUCAGACGCUGCAUCUCCUGGUCUUAGUGAGUUGCUUGGUGCAAAAGAGAAUACAAGACAUGGAAAAUUCAUGGACAAUAUUACAUCCGAGGAGAGAGGAUGCAUAACAGAUACAGGAUCAAAGAUAACUGAAGUUAUAAAUGAAGAAUUCUUUUCUGCAGAAUUGAAGAAGAGAGGACUUUGUGUAGUUCCUUUAUCAAUGUUAUCUAACUUUAUUGCUUGA